UGAAUAGGUUACUCUGCCUAUGAACUUAGAACAAGUGAACAUGAAAAUAGCCAAAAGAAACAAACUAGUUUAGUCUGUAGACGACCUACAAGUGCUGUGGUGACUACAAAGACACUUUAUAGGUGGAUCAUUUAACAUCAACUGAAAGUCUUCAGAGCCUUAAAAGUGAAGUGUCAGCACACUAAUGGUGUCACUUCAGGACUGUUACACCCAGAUUGUCCUGUGCAGAUUUAAAUACCUGAACUCAAAUUUGAUUUAAACAGAGGCAACUGAAAGUGCUAAUAUACAACCUAACAGCAGUGGGGACUUGUCUAAUAUCACUGUCACAGUAACCACUAAAUCGAUACUAUAGCAAAGAUAUUAACUUCCACAGUGAAUGUGUCACAGCAGAAACAGAUUUUUAUGGACAAUUUUUUACAGAAAUCUUAAGCUGCAGAAUUCUUUUGUUCAUCAGAAAUCUUUGUGACUUCAGUGAGAAACAUGGCCAGAGAAAGAAAAAUAUUAAAGAUUUUAGGACUUACCGCGGCUAUACUGAUUACCCAUUUGUUUGAGGUGGAGACAAACAAAUUCCAAGAAACCAACAUGGAUUUACAGUUUAGCUACAUAGAUGAACCACGGCAUCACAUAAGACAAAGACGAGCAGUCCCAUACGACUUUGUGGCUGAAAUUGAGAUAAAUGCAUCAGACAUCUCUGUGAUCGAUAAGCUGAAGUUUUAUCUGAAUGAGCUUAUUCGAACUAAUUAUUUGAUUGACAACGUGACAUUAGUUGAUUUAAACUUCACCACAGUUUGCAACAUGUUACCAGGCACCACUGAUUACCAGUGUAAUUGUGAGAAUCAGUAUUUAUGGCCUUGUGACAAAUGUACAAAAUAUGGAAGAUGUAAUAACAGCAUCACUAACAACACAUGCAGCUGCAUCAAUGCUUAUCCAAAUAAUGGACAGUUCUGUCGGCCAAUCAGCGAGAUGACAAAUGUCACAACAUGUCAGCAAACAGCUACAGCCAAACCAACAACUACAGCCAAACCAGUGACUACAGCCAAAACAGCACCUACAGACAAACCAGUGACUACAGCCAAAACAGCACCUACAGCCAAAACAGCAACUACAGCCAAAACAACACCUACAGCCAAAACAGCAAUAGCCAAAACAACAACUACAGUCAAAACCCCAGCUACGGUCAAACCAGCACAACCACCACCAACAACACUAACAGUUAUAAAGAUGUCUAUGAGGAUAAAUAUCAUUUUUGAAACCAGUCUCACCAUGGAAACGGAUCCGAAGUACAAGUCCUAUGUAGCUAACAUUACAUCUGCAAUUGAAAAGAGUUACAAGAAUCUGCCUAACUACAUUCAACGUUCAGUACAUGUCAUUGGCUUCAGGUCUGGUAGCAUUAUAGCAGACUACACAGUUACUGCAAACAGCACCAAUCUGAAUGUUACAGACGCAAACACACAAGUUUCAAAAACUCUUGAAGGUCAAGGACUCCCUUUAACUCAGGAUGCUUUUGCAAAUAGUGUGGAAACAAAUCUGACAACCAAAAAUAAAUAUUAUCCUCAGCAAAAUGUGGAACUAAAGUGUACACUUCCAAAUUCUGUUACGGGUACAAUGAAAUGGAGUGUGAAUGGCAAAGAUCUUGCAGGAAGCAGUGCAAAAUACACCAUUUCAAAUGACAAUAGCACUCUCACUGUGAACAACGCAAGUGAAAGUGACAGUGGUAGAUACUCAUGUAUCAUACAAAGCUCCCCAAUACCUUACAUUCAGUGGCAAACAGUAUCUAUUCAACCACUUCCUAGUAUUAUAGUGGAUACAACUAAUAUACAGCUUCUGUGUCAAAACCAGACUGUCCCGCUGACAUGCUGUGCAGAUGGUUACUCAGUUCAGUGGUUUGGGAUUCCUGAUAGUGAUGUCAUGAUAAAUUCAGGAUCUGGCUGCUUCACAUUACAACAUAAAAUCUUUAGCACAAAUUGUACAUCUAAAGAAAUCUUCACAUGCCGACUAAACAUGAAAGAAUUACAAACAUUUGAUUACAGCAGCAGGACAGUCCAAGUUCAGACAGUCAAUAAGUAUGACUGUAUACAUAACACACUUGGAGUUGGAAAAAUAGGUGACAGUGUAACAGAAUUGUGUGAAAAAGGCCAGGAAGGUCUCAUAACUUAUCAAUGUAAACAGACAAAAGAUCUCAAAUAUGACUGGACAGAAGUACAGAGAGAUUGUGUUGUUCAAGCUAUCAAAGACCUUGAGAGGAGAUCUGAGGUUUUAUUUGUGGAGGAGAUUCCAGUGUUUAUGACAGAUCUCAGAAACACUACAGUGCAGAAUAAUACUGUGAUAACACAAUCUGCUGCGACUGUCCAAACCAUUGUUGACAUACUUUACACAAUUGCUAAUAUCUCACAAACUAUUAACAUCAGUCGACCUGUGAUGGAGGAUUUUCUUAAAACAGUAGAAAUCAUUGUAUCAGAUGCAUCUAAAAACACAUGGACAGAAUUGAACAAUGACAACAAAACAGAAAACAAAAGCACUGAACUUCUUCAAGCUAUUGAGACUAUAAGUGAUCGGCUCUCUGAUGACGAUUAUAUGAUUAAUGAAACCUCCAUUCAGUUACAUAGAAAAAGAAUUACAAACUCAUUCACUGAAACAUCUUCACUGCCAAACUCACAUACACAGAUUGUGAUACCAAAUGUUCUUAAACCGACCCUCAUAACCUUUAUUAUCUUCACAAAGCUUGACAAUGUUUUACCAACUCGAAAUACUUCUAAUAAUGACAACAAGACAUCAGAAAACCACAUCAAUGGAGACGUGGUUGUUGUUAGAGUAAAUGAAGCAAUUAACAACAUUUCAUUUACCUUUGAUACUACAGAUACAUCAUUGAAAAAUCCUCAGUGUGUCUUUUGGAACUUUUCUCUGGACCAUUGGGAUUCCACUGGAUGUAAAGUCAAGGGUUCAGGGAAUGAAACAGUUACAUGUGAAUGUGACCACACAACCUCUUUUUCAAUCCUGAUGUCACUUGUUCCAGUUAAUAACCUUGCCUUAGACAUUAUAACAUAUAUUGGUGUAGCUAUUUCAUUAGCCAGCUUGAUUCUGUGCCUCAUCAUUGAGGCGAUCGUAUGGAAGUCGGCAACAAGAAAUGACACGUCGUACAUGCGUCACGUCUCAAUAGUCAACAUCGCUGUUUCGCUACUGAUCGCAGACAUCUGUUUUAUCAUCGCAGCUGCAAUUGGAAAUCCAGGACAACCUACACCAGUGGAUACCUGCAGUGCAGUGGUUUUCUUCAUGCACUUUUUUUACCUGGCUGUUUUCUUCUGGAUGUUUAUUUCAGCACUUUUGCUUCUUUACCGCACCGUCAUGGUCUUUUCUCAAAUGUCAAAGACUAAUUUGAUGGUCAUUGCCUUCAUGGUUGGUUAUUGUGCACCUUUUCUCAUAACGGUUAUUACUGUUGCAUCCACAGCUGGACCUAAAAACUAUGUCUCAAAAGAAAAUGCAUGUUGGCUGAACUGGAAGGAAUCAAUGGCCCUGCUGGCAUUUGUGAUUCCAGCUCUGACCAUUCUUGCCUUUAACCUCAUGGUUUUGAUUGUGGUUGUGUGUAAGAUGAUAAGGAGAGGAGUUGCUAAUACAACUCAAUAUGAAGACAGACACACUCUUGUGGUCAUUGCUCGAUGUGUGGCCAUUCUGACUCCUAUCUUUGGUCUAACAUGGGGAUUUGGCAUUGGAACCAUGGUGUCACAGAAAUUGGGCAUUCAUGUGGUGUUUGCAAUCCUUAAUUCACUGCAGGGAUUCUUUAUUUUGGUGUUUGGAGUGCUUCUGGACAGCAAGAUCCGUGAGAUAUUGGCAGGAAAGUUUUCACUGAGGAACCUUACCAGCUCUGACCGUACCAGGAGCACUACUGCAGGACCAUCUACAAGUGGACCGGGUUUGUUUCAAAGGAUAAGGAGAAAUGUGUACAACAUAUCUGAAGCCAAUGCUUUCUCAGGACUUUCCUCUUCAAACAGCUCCAGUGAUGCAUAUACUUCAUUGAAUCCUUAACUACUUUAUGAUCUAAUGUCAGAGGACCUUUACAAAACCUGUUUCCUUUUUUGUUACCUGCUUUCUAUCUUUCAUGAUAAAUACAAAAGGGGGGUAUGGAGUGCUAUUUGGUAUUUCAUUUAUCAAAACACAAACAAAGCUGUGCAACUACUGUAGACCCAUAUUAUUGAUACUGUAUCAUCUUUCAGUCAUAAGUGAAAGUCAAG